AUGGAUACCAGUGCUCCUAGUCUGACGAAAUGGGCUGUUUCCAACGGCAUCAAGGUCAAUGGCAUUGCGGCACAUAAAUUCCCCGGCAGGGGAUUGGGCAUCGUCGCCAAAAGGAGGCUUAAGGCCGGAGAGGUGAUCUUGGACAUCCCCAUGUCCGUGAUUCGGACAGGAGAGACAGUGCCGCCGCAAAUACUGAAAGCUGUCCAAGCAUGCAGUGUCAACGGCCUCCUGGCGGCGGAACUGGCCAUGGACACCUCCGAACUCCACGCCCUCUGGAGAACGACCUUGCCGUCAAUGGAGGAGUUGAACGAGUCCAUGCCGCUCUUCUGGCCACCCGAGCUUCAAAACCUCCUGCCCCCGCCGGCGCUGGCGCUCCUGAGAAAGCAGCAGGGAAAGCUCUCGAGAGACUGGAGUGCCGUCUCUGCCGCCUUUGCACAGCUCUCCUACGACGUCUACCGCUAUUCCUGGCUUCUCGUCAGCACACGGACCUUUUACUACACGCCGCCAGACAUGGCGCCCGAAGACACCCCCGAAGCCGACGAGUGCCUGGCCGUGGUGCCCUUUGGAGACUACUUCAACCACUCCGACGUCGCGACCUGCAAGGCCGCUUAUUCGGCCACGGGAUACGAAUUCAAAGCGGACCGCGCAGUCGCCAAGGGCGAGGAGUUGUACAUCUCCUACGGCACCCACUCGAACGACUUCUUGUUGGUCGAAUAUGGCUUCACGCUUGCAAAGAACAAGUCGGACGAGGUAUCCCUGGACACAGUCAUCCUACCUCUUUUCUCGGCGAAGCAGAAAGACAUGCUGAAGGAGGCGGACUACUUGGGCAACUACGCGCUGGAGGGGCCCUCGAUGCAGGACGACGAGGUGGCUUGCUACCGUACACGAAUCGCACUGAGGUUGCUGUGUAUGCCCUUGAAAAAGUGGAACGAAUGCGUCAAGUAUGGCGCCGACGACGACGACGAGUAUCAAAGUUUGGUGCAUGAACUGCUCCGGCAAGCGUUGAAGGCAUAUUUGGAGACUGUCGACAACAGCCUCGAGCAACUCGCUCGCCUCGAAGUAGGGCUCCCGUCGCAAAGAGAGGUGUUGAGGCGACGCUGGGAAGAGAUAGGGAUGAACUUGGCCAUCGCAAUUGAUAGAAUAGAGCAGUGA